AUGCGUGAUCUCACAUUUCUCAAGUUUUUAAAGCAUGUGGUUGAUAUAACGUCCAAGCUGCAGCUCAUUUCGGAUGUUUCUAGUAUCACUCAUGGACUUAAGUUACUCCAUUGGGACGCCUACCCUCUGGAAACCUUGCCUUUUAGUUUCCAAUCAAGCACCCUAGUCGAAAUCAAUCUGCGAUACAGCAACCUAAAACACUUUUGGGAUGAAACCAAGGUCUAUAGAUCCAAGCUUCCGAACCUACGAAGACUAGAUGUGACAGGCUCUACGAGUCUAGUAGAACUUCCAGAUCUUUCAGAUUCCAUGAAUCUUGAGGAGUUGAUAAUGGAAGGCUGCAGGAGCCUUAGGCAAACCCCAUGGUCCUUAAACAGAUUACCUUUGAGGAAACUCAAUAUGGUCAAGUGUGAUAGCCUUAUGGGUCUCUUGCUGGUUACUGACGACCAUAAUCAACCCAAGGCCAGCCGACCCAGCCCCUAUCGACAUAUUAAUUUGUUGCUUCUUGAUACAGUAACAGCGCUUAGUUCUCUUACAGAAUUAUCCAUCCAAGGCGAAAUAUCUGUUAAGUUAUUGCACACUCUCAUAGGAAGUGCAGAGCACUUGUCUUUUACUUGCGAGCAACAGAUCCCUGAUCAAUUGAAAAUUACGAUGGCACAGAAAACAGGUUCAAUUCAACCCUUGCACCUUAUCAAAACACUCGUCAUUGAGAGGUUCAACUACGGGGCGAGAGAAGCUCCUUUCAGUUGUCAGAGCUUUUCAAGCUUUCCUUGUUUGACUGAGCUAAAGCUCAUCAACUUAAGCAUCCGAGAAAUCCCACAAGACAUUGAUUGUUUGUUGUCCUUAAGGAAAAUGGACCUCACCGGUAAUGAUUUCGUUCAUCUACCCAAAACCAUGGCACAACUGACCAAGCUGGAAUGUCUUACUCUUCGAAACUGCCGUCAGCUCAAAGCAUUGCCACUACUUACUCCCACCCUCACUCUUCCUGGUCUAGACAACCAACCGAGGGGUUUGAUAGAGCUUUGCAUUGACAACUGCAAGAAUCUUCAGUCACUGCAAGAUCAGCUAUUAUGCUAUAACACCAGUUUAGCAUAUUUAGACCUUAGCAACCAUGAUUUCGAGAGAAUACCAACAAGCAUUAGACACCUGUCCUCACUGAACACUCUCUGCCUCAAGAACUGCAAGAAACUCAAAUAUGUGGAAGAGCUUCCCCUGAGUCUCAACCAUCUCUAUGCACACGGCUGUGAUUAUCUGGAGAACGUCACCCUUUCCCCAAACCAUACGAUCAAACACCUCGAUCUUAGAGAUUGCCCCCGCCUGAAACAAAGCGAGCAGAUAAAGACUCUGGUUUCAAACGAGAGACAUGGUGAAGCGGUAAGUUUUCUCUUGUCGACCCGCUAUUUCGUGAUGCCUCUACUAUACUGA